AAACACGGAAGUUUUCAAGGUUAACUUCAUGCAAUUAAGUGCAGACAUUAUUAUAAAUGGCAACAGAUAACGCGCAUUAUUUAUUUUCUGCGCAGGAGUUAGAUUGCUACGCAGUGAACGGAUCUAUAUGCAAUGGAAAAUGUAAACGUAGAAUAAGAGAAAAGGUCAGGUACCGAUCCAGCUUACAGUAAAAUGACGUUCUUGUUCCUGCUUGUGGCAUUUAUAUUUUUCUGUGUCCGCUAUCUUUGGCGGAAAAAUGAUCCGAGACCACGACCACUGGAUACUUUGGAUGAAGCAGUGGUUAAAUGGAGAUCAAAUAGGAUGGACAUUAUCGAGAAACUGCGAGAGGCGGCAAACUUACUUAGAUCAUCCCAUAGACAUAAGGCAGAAACAGAACAAACAAGUGCAAAGAAAAGUUUAGUCGGAGAUCUGAUAGGCAUUGGAGGUGUUUUACUGGCGCCAUUCUCUGGCGGAUUAUCUCUUGUUGCAGCAGGGGCUUCUGUACUCACCUCUGUUGAUUCUUAUUUUUCGGACAAGGCAGCGAACAAGGAACAUGAAGAAAAUGCAACCAAAAUAAAAGGAAUGAAAUUUAAGAAGCUGAGAAAUUAGAUAAAUCAGCGUCCGACGAAUUGAAUAAAUUGUUAAGCAACUUGACUAUCUGGAAGAACAACUAUGUUCUAUGAAAUUAGGAGAUAUUAUGUCAUCUUUAACGGAUGCUUCUUUUCCCAUUAUGGGUAUAAAAGUUCAAGAAGCGAAAGGAGAUUCAGAGAAAGACAGGGAGUAUGGUCAACUUGAUGAAACUGAUAAGUUGUCAUCUUCAAACGUAGGACUGGAAGCUGAAGACACUAAAAGUGAUAAUGAAAAGGAGAAAUUAGAUAGCCCCAUAUGUGAAACAGAGGAACAUCCGACAAGACAAGGAAUGAUGAUGCCGAAACAGUUCGCAAACAUGGAUACUAUUUAAAAAUUGUGCGGAUCAGUUUGUUAACAGCACUAAACUCACUAAAGGAGUAAGCAGUACGGCAAAACCCCCAAAAGAGAUCUCUUCAUGGACAAGAUCGGUUAGUACCUUAUCUAAAGAAUCGAAAACAGUUUCAAAUUUGAAAUAUGCUAAGAAUACGAUAAAAACUGUAAAAGCUGUAAAAAAGGCAUCAAAUGCUGUUACAACAAUAUCGAAAACAACUUCUCACUCUCAUAAAAUUGCAAAAACUACGCAUAUAACCGCCAAAACGGUAAAAUUAGGAGGAAAAGUAUCACACGCUGCGACAAAAGUUGCUAAGAUCAGUAAAGUUGGGUUGGUAAUUAACGCCGUGGCGCUUCCAUUGGAUAUAUACAACCUUAUACAAACUACUGGGAAUUUGGACAAGAUGCAAGACGAUGUUACAGAGAUAGAAGAAAGAGCAAGUCAGUUGGAAGAAGAACUUGAAAACAUUUCCAAUGCUUUGCUGUCGCGCCGUAGAUAUAUUGAAAAACUCUACAAGGAACUGUAUCAACUGUACGAGGACCAUCACAUUGAUGAAAUAUUCGAAUACCUUCUUCUUAUGUAUGAAAAACUUGACUUUGAAACACCGGCGCCGUACUGACGAGACACUAUUAAAAUGUUUUACGGUGUGUAGGAUACACCAUCUUGCGAAGUGCAUCUUGCCAACAUAUCAGCUUUUUAUGUACAUAUACGUAUAUUGCUUUAUAAAAAAGAAUGUUUGAGACGUUUACUGGAAUGUAUAUUUAACUUUUAAUUGAUAUGUAUUUUUGUACUGUAUGUACUGUUAGAAAUGUUUGCUUCAAACUUUACAUCGGUGAUAAAUAUGCAUUUAGAAUUCUAGUUUGACAAGAGCUGUCACAGGAGACAGCGCUCUCGACUAUAUCGAUGCAGGAUAGUGAAACUGGGCACAUCUGAGGAGGCUGGAGCUGUCUCUGGAGUGUUUAAUGACCCAGUGUGGAUGAAGAUAUUGGACAAUAGCUUGAAUCUGUGUCAAAAGUAUUAAGUGAUUAGACAGAUAAAGAUAAAGUGUAUCAAAACAUUAAAUAAGUAUAAUUCUAUGUAAAAAGGGGGCAUAAUUCAUGAAAUAUUGGUGCAAGAGUGACGUACCUUGUGUCAUAUGACGUCAGUGAUGAUGUGGAACAACCAUUUAAAGUUUGAAUCAAAUCCAUUUAGUAAUAACUGAGAUAUAGUGAAAAUGCAUCAAAAUUCACCUUAAAAAUUCUAAGUAAAGAGGGGCAUAUUUCAUGAAAAACUGAUGCAAGAGUUAUGGACCUUGUGCCAUAUGAUGUGAGUGAUGAUGUUGAACAGUUGUUUUAGGUUUGAAUCAAAUUCAUUAGUAAUAACAGAGAUAGAGUGAAAGUGCAACAAAAUUUAACCUUAAGUUUUAAGUAAAAAGGGGCAUAAUUCAUGAAAAAUUUGUGCCAGAGUUAUGAACCUUGUGUCAUAUGAUGUGGGUGAUGAUGUGGAACAAUUAUUGUAAAUUUGAAUCAAAUCCAUUUAGUUAUAACUGAGAAAGAGUGAAAGUGCACCAAAACUUUAACCUGAAAUUUAAAGUAAAAAGGGGGAUUAUUUCAUG